UAGUUCUUGGUCAGUCGUGUGAGCUGAGUCACAGUGGCUACAUCGUAUCAGAAUGAAAACAUUUGUUAUUUUAAUUUGUGGAUUGUUAUUGAGUUGUGGUAUUGAUAGCAUCAAUGCUACACAUCACAAUGAAACUGUCGAGGUCAACGUUAGCUGUGAUCUCGGUCGGGUUCGGGGAUCUGAAAUGACAUCAAGACUAGGAAGGAAGAUUUAUGCUUUCCGGGGUGUUAGGUAUGCUGAACCUCCAGUUGAUGAUCUUAGAUUCAAGACACCAGUUCCAGUUAAGCCUUGGACUGUGACAUUUGAUGCUACCCAAGAAGGUCCUAUGUGUCCCCAACCUAAAGAUCCUAACAGAAAUGAUCCAAUGUCUGAAGAUUGCCUGCGAUUGAAUAUCUACACAACCCAAAUACCAACUCGAAGAGGUCCACUGAAACCAGUGGUAGUUUUCUUCCAUCCUGGAGGUUUCUAUGUCUACUCUGGACAAAGUCUGAUGUGGGGACCUGAGUAUUUCCUAGACAAAGACAUCGUCCUGGUGACUGUGAAUUACCGACUAGCAUCUCUAGGUUUCAUGAGCACUGGAGAUGAAUAUGCUCCAGGUAACCUAGGUCUCAAAGACCAAGUUAUAGCUCUGCGAUUCAUUCGAGACAACAUUGCAUCAUUCGGAGGUGAUCCAAACUCUGUCACCAUCACUGGAUACAGCGCUGGAGCUUGGAGUGUCUCAGCUCACUUAGUAUCUCCAAUGUCCCAAGGUCUUUUUCACCGAGCUAUCUCCAUGAGUGGAGCUAUAACAUUCCAGACUUAUUUACCAUCUCAUCAGAAACAUCUUGCCGAAAAGCAAGCACGUUUCCUCAACUGCUCUACUGAAUCCAGUAAAGCAAUUAUUGAUUGUUUGAAAACUAAACCAGCUCAAGAGAUUGCUAAUACCCUAUCUAAAUUUGCUGAGUGGUAUGGAGAUCCUAUUUUAAUCUGGAGACCAGUUGUAGAACCAGAUCUUCCUGGCCUUGAACGAUUCAUGCCAGCACAACCGGUUGAUUUGAUCAGACAAAGGAAGUUUGCCCAAGUUCCAUUCAUUACUGGAGUAACCAAGGAUGAGUUUGGUGGUGUUCUUGCUGGUGCUAUUGAAGAAGGUGAAAAAGGAAAUACAGCAAUAUUUGAAGAAUACACUGCUAAUUGGACUAAAAUAGCUCCAAUCAGUUUUGCUUAUGAUCGCGAUACUCCAAGAUCUCUUGAAAUAAGUAGAGAAUUCAAACGAUUCUAUUUAAAUGAUGAACCAGUUUCUUUGAAGAAUAUCAAAGGUGUCGAGCAGCUUUAUGCCGACAGCGCUAUCAUUUUUAGUGUACACAGAUUAGCAAACCUGAUCAGCCAAUAUUCUAGUCAACCGGUUUAUUAUUACAAGUUUACUUAUCAAGGCCGUUUUAGUUUUUAUACUUAUUCUAACAAAACAGCAUUUGGAGUUUGCCAUCAUGAUGAUCUGCAGUAUUUAUUCUUCAUCAAAGCACUCUUUCCUUUCUUUGACUCCAAUGCACCUGAAGUCCCCAUGGUCGAGAAGAUGACAUCAAUGUGGGCUAACUUUGCUUACACUGGACAGCCGAUUCCUCAGGAUAAAAAAGAAUUCGCUGGUGUAUCUUGGACACCUUUGACCCCAGAAAAUAAAGCUUACAUGGAAAUUGAUAGUGAAAUGACCAUGAAACGUGGGCUUUAUCAAGAUAGAAUGGAAGAGUGGGAGAAAUUAUUCCCCCUAGCACCAGUUCCUAAAUAAGUUUAUGAUAAUUAUGUUAAUAAAUAAUCUCAACUGAUGAGUAUUGGAGUAAUUGGAAGCUUUUUAUGUAUUAAAAACAUGUCCUAAGUAGUACAUUCUUAACCAAGGGAGAAAAGUAUGAUAUUCUGACCUGGGUGUAAAAUAAAUAAAAAAACAUCCAGGUGAUUGCCACCCUUGCCUUCUGCUCAUGAUGCAAUUUUACACCUGGGUCAGGAAAUCAUACUCUGCUUCUUUGGUUAACAAUGUACUAUUUCCUUUGUUAUAUAAUAGACAUUGUAAAAUAUAUGACUAUGUAUUUUAUUUUUAUAUUAAAAGUCGAUGAAUUUGUUUAUUGCAACGCA